GUAGACCGAAGCGUGCAAUGAAUCAGUGCGCGAGAUCAUGUCCCAGGAACCGGACAUGGCAGUGGUGCUGUGUGAAGUUAUCAAAUAGUGCGCGCGUUCAGCUUCAGCGUGAUUCGGAGGUUUUAAUCUACUACCGCACAGUAAAAUAAAGCACGUUUGACAUGCGAGCCUCCCGUGUCCCACCGGAUGGUGGCUUUGGGUGGGUUGUAGUGGCCGGUUGUGCACUGGUGAAUGUGUUCAAUCAAUCGUUGGUCUCUGUGUUUGGGCUCAUGUUUGCUGACUACCUCGCCAGUCUCGGAGAGCACGCCUUUGGGGCGGCGCUGGUGAUGAACGUGAUGAACAUUUCGCUCAACUUUUCCGGCCUCAUUACCGGGCCCAUUAUCAAACACUUCAAUCCAAGAAAGGCCGCUAUUCUGGGUAGUCUGCUGACGGGCACUGCGCUCUCGCUAUGUUCGUACAGUACCAAACUGUGGCAGAUUGUGCUAUCGUACAGUGUGACCUUUGGAUUUGGACUGGGGCUAAUACAGUCGUCCACGUUCGUUGCCCUCAACUCCUACUUUCGCCAUCGCAAGGGACGAGCGGUGGGCUUUGCGCUGGCAGGAACCGGCAUUGGUCAGAUUCUGAUGCCGCUGCUCGUGCAGUAUCUUCUGAGCAACUUUAACUUUAGAGACACAACUCUUAUCAUCGGUGGACUAGCGUUUAAUGGGGUGGUUGGUGCCAGCUUACUCCAGCCCGUAGAAUGGCACCUGAAGGAUAGUGUGGCGGGAGAUGAUAGGGAGAGCCAACCACUGCUGGCUAUGGAUAAGCCGAGCUCACAUGCCAAUGGAACUUCUUGCAAGAAAGCAUCUUGCGGUUGGUCAAAACUAGCUGCCUUGAUGGAUUUUGCCAUUCUCAAGCAGGUUUCGUUUUUGAACUUGAUUGUUGGUCUUGGACUAGCGUACACAGCGUCGACAAGUUUCUCUUUAUUUUUUCCUUACUUUCUACAGAAAUCUGCCAAUCUAACCAUGCUCGAAGCGGCCAACUGCAUGUCGGUGCUUUCUACGACUGAUCUCAUCACGAGGAUAACCGUCCCGGCGUUUGUGGAUAGGAUGGAGUUUUCCCACCGUACCACGUUUCUGCUAGCCGGAAUCUGCCUGGUGGUGGCACGCUCUGUUAUGGCCGAAAUGCGCUCCCUGGUGCCGCUCAUGGUCACGUCCGCCUUUUACGGUAUCUUCCGCUCGAUCACGAUCGUCAAUCAGAACCUGACGGUGGCGGAAUAUUGCGGCGAGAGAAAGAUCGAAAAGAUGCUCCCCAAUGCGCUUGGGUUUAAUAUGGUAACGAAGGGCAUACUGGUGCUGACCCUUGGGCAAAUCCUUGGCUGGUUUGCUGACUUUACCGGCAGCUACUCGUUGAACUUGCACGCCCAGAACCUACUGCUCGUAACGACCUGCGUGCUGUGGUUGUGCGAAAUGUACUUUAAAGACGAUAACUAACCUGUGGCAGACCUCUUACUAGUCGUUUAAGUUUGUUAAUUUGAUGAUAAGCAUAGAAAAUACAAAUUCGCGGACGUUUGCACUUGA